AACCUUCAGUUUCAUUCGGUGGUUUCAAAUCUGCUGAACAAUGAAAAUCUUUUCACUUGCUGUGGUGGUGGUUUUGACCUGUGGGUCAUUGAUUGCUGCUCGGGAAAUUCCCCUCAAAGAGACCGAGUGGAAUAAGCUAGUGUCGGCAUGUACGAUCAACAUCAACACUCAUCUCCCAAGGCCGCAACCUCUCAUUUUGAUCCCCGGAACUGACCAGUUCCGCUAUCCUCAAUCGAAUGAUCGGCUGUUGCACCUUGAUGCGGGUGAAUUUUUGGAACUUGCUUGUGAGAACGGAUUCAAUGUGGCACCCGGGAAGAACUCCAUCAUGGUUUCAUGUGUGUUUGAUCAGACAUUCAACUUUGAUAGCACCAUGUUCCGAUUCAGUGAUUUCUCUUGCACAGAGAAUUGGUUCAGCAGUGCUCGCCGUACUCCCCAAUCUUGUGAACAGAAUGGAAGAAUUGUGGAGAUUGGAUUCAAUAUGGGUUCACGAUUCCCGAAAUUCAUGGAUGUCUGCCACAACGAGCAAACGUUCGAAAACCAUUGGAUCAGACACGAAUUUCACCGAGCUCAUGCUGGAUUCCAACAAGGAGUUCCUCGACCAUCAUGGCAUCAAGGCGAUUUCUAUCCAGGUAUUAAUGUGAACACGCUGUACACUGUUAACCGCCAGAGACAAACGCUGGCCACUGUAUUGGGUUCCCAAGCGAUCGCCGAUGACUUGGUGAGAGAUGCCGCCACUGGAGGAAUCUUCAUGGCACGUGGACAUAUCGCAGCAAGAGCUGAUUUUAUCUACGGCACUCAACAGAAUGCCACAUUUUGGUUCUUGUGUGCUGCUCCUCAAUGGCAGAACUUCAACGAUGGAAACUGGCUGCGUAUUGAGGACAGUGCCCGCAAUUUUGUGGCCGCUCGAAACAUCCAUGUAACCGUAUAUGGAGGAACAUACGGAGUACACACGCAAACUGAUGCCAAUGGGGAUCAGCAACCAAUUUUCCUGGACUUCAACCCGAAUGGAGUUCAACGUCUACCGGCACCGAAGAUCUACUAUAAAAUUUUGCAUGACGAGCGAAACAAUGCCGGCAUUGUGCUGAUUGGGGUGAAUGACAUCCAUAUCACUUCGAUGCAACGGAUUCAGGAUGAAUACAUGUUCUGUGAGGACAUCGGAGACAAGGUCAGCUGGAUCAACUGGGACAGAAAGAAUCUUGCGGAAGGAUUCUCCUACGCGUGUGAAGUGAAUCCCUUCUUGAAGAAAAUCGGACAUCUGUCUCAUUUGAAUAUUCCUAACUUGUUGAUCUAAAAUUUUCCUAAUACUGCCUAAUAAAUACUUACGAGGAAGUCUGUGCAUUUAUGUAGCACCUGAUGUAAAAAAUUGUUAGUGAACUAUCAAUGUAGAAAUUAUCUCAAAUUUUUGAUUGCAAAAAUGUGUGCUGUUCUAAACCAUAGUUUGAAUAAAGUCCGAUUUCUGUCAAAUAA